ACUCGGAACAUAGCGGAGGACGAAGCUGUUCCUACCCGGACCUGCAAUGAGACGCACACUUAAAUAUGGCUGCCAACAUAGAGCAAAUUUUCCAGGAUUUUAUAUUGAAUAAAAUCAGAGAAAUUGAAGACCAGAAUGAAGACAAAGCUACUGCUGAAGGAGUGGGUGAUGAAAUGUUUGGAGCAGAAAAAGCCACGUCAGACAGAGACAACCAGGAGAAUUUAAGGGCCAGUGCUUCACAAAAGAAACAUAAGAAGCACAAAAAAACAAAAAGUAAAAAGAAGAGGAGGAACCGGGAGGAGAAGGAGAGCAGUUCAGAGUCUGGCGCAGAGUUGGACGGAGGAACCAAACAUCAGCCAAGAAGAGGAACACCAACAGAGGAGAUAAACGAGCAAGCAGAUGACGGUCAGCACGCCCCGGUUUGGAGAAAGAAGAAAAAGAAGAAGAAGAAGAAGAGGAGGAGGAAGUGUGAAGAGGACUCAUCAGAUUCCAACUCCGAGUUCGUGUCAAAGCAGAGGGAUGGUAAAUGUGGUCAAAGCGUAUCGCCAAGGCGACGAGUGGAGCUGCCUGAUAUCAUCCCAAAACAGGACAGUUCCAAUAAAGGACGAGGAGAAGAGAAACGACACGGCAGGAGGAGUUCUCGUUCCCGUUCACGGUCACAUUCCUAUUCGGAUUCUCAUUCCUGUUCCGUGAGGAGGAACUCUCGGUCUAGACCUCGCCACCGAAGAUCAAGGACUCGCUCCCUAUCGAGUCCACAUCGCCACAGGACCCGUUCCAGAUCCUCAGAAAAGAGGGGAGCUUUACAUGAAUCCAUACAGUCCACCCAAGGUCCUUCAACAGGCGUCCAGCCACCUCAUCCGGCCUCCAGCCCGACCCAGAGUAGCAUCAUCAAAGCGGAAGAGUCCAGCACAGAGUUGCAGAGCCCAGACCGGAGUGAAAAGCCACCAGAGAACAAAGAAGAGAAAGUAGAUGACUCGUCACAAAAACUAGCUGCAGGUUCUGGCGCACCCCAGUCUAUGCUGAACCAGUCGACAUCGACCGAUCCGGACCGGACGACCGCGCCAAAAUCACCCAGGUCCUCCGACACUAACGUUAAAUUUCCAGCAAAGAAGAGGAGGAAACCAUCCAACUCCCCACCGAGGAAUAAAGAAGCAAAGUCAUCAAAGAGGCAGAAACGAUCCAAGUCACCAUGUAGGAACCACAGGAAGGGAUCCAGAUCCAGGAGUCUUUCAAAGAAGAAGAGAACACGGUCGAGGUCAGGGGGCCGGCGGUCGCGGAAGUCGCGCUCACAGUCGGUGUCACGGGGUCGGAGGAGGGCUACGUACAGCCAGAGGGACCGCUGGAAACGAGAGCCGAGUCACUCCCCCGUACUCAUCCUCCGCAAAAAUAGAUCCCCCACUCGGAAACUCUGCAGCUCGAGCAACAGCCCUCAACGCAUCAGUGAACUGGAUAAAGAGCAGUUGUUGGAAAUUGCCAAGGCCAAUGCUGCUGCCAUGUGUGCCAAAGCAGGGAUGCCCAUCCCUGCCAGCCUGAGGUCCACGGUGCUCCCCCUGGCUCUGCCAAGUAUGGCCAUGAAUGCUGCAAUGGCCAGUAUGACAGCUGCCACCAUGACAGCGGCAUUGACUAAUAUGGGCAUGUCUUCACUGCUCCCGCUGCCCUCCAUCACAAACAAGCCACCUUCUGCCUCCGCCCAACCCAACAUCGCUGCUUUGGAGGAAGUGAAGAGGAAAGUAGCAAAGCAGGCCAACAGCAUCAGCAUUAAGGAGUUCACUGACAAAUGCAAGAUGAUUGUGGACAGUAAAGGCGAGCUGCCGGUGGCGAUGCCUCACGUUUCAGACGAGGAGGAUGACGGGAAACCUUUCGGAGGAUCAGCUCUUCGAGAGCAAAAAGCCAUCAGCUUCAGCAUCAACAACACCACAGUUCGUCCAGCAGUGCGUAGUGACGCGGGCAUGGCCAAGGAGUUUCCCGUGUCGUCAGGAUCCCAACAUCGCAAGAAGGAGGGCGAAGCACUGGGUGCCUAUGGAGAAUGGGUUCCUGUUGACAAAAGCGCAGACAAAGCUGCAGCUGCGUCCAGAAAGGCCCUGACCACUGUUCCCAUAGUGACGGCCACUUCAUCAUUAGGUGAAACAGCGACAGAGUUACCAGAGGUCGUGGAACCGCCUACAGAUAAUGACAGCGUUUUUCCUGACCCACUGCUGCAGCCAGUAGAUAUUUCUCAGGCGGUAACUGAGAGAAUCAAAGCUCAAAGACGAUUGGCUGAGAACCCCUAUGAUGUCACUGCCAUCUGCAUGCUCAGCCGGGCACAAGAGCAGGUGGAUGCGUGGGCCCAGUCCAACACUGUUCCUGGCCUUUUCACUGGUUCCACUGGAGCCCAGGUCCUCAGCUCGGAGGAGCUUUCCACCAGCGGACCACAAGCAUGGCUGAAGAAAGACCAGUUCCUCAGGGCAGCUCCAGUAUCAGGGGGUGUUGGGGAGUUCCUGAUGAGAAAGAUGGGCUGGAAGACAGGAGAGGGCCUCGGGAGGAACCGCGAGGGUACCGUAGAGCCAAUCAUCAUUGACUUCAAGGUCGACCGUAAAGGACUAGUUGCUGAAGGAGAGAAGCCACAGAAGCAGACGGGAGGACUGGUGGUUACCAAGGAUCUAAUGGGGAAGCACCCGGUGUCUGCUCUCAUCGAGUUGUGUAACAAGAGACGAGUGAUGCAGCCGGACUUUGUAAUGGUUCAUCACAGCGGUCCCGACCACCGCAAGAACUUCCUCUUCAAGGUCACAGUGAACGGCGUGGACUACCAACCCCAGACGGCGAGUCCCAACAAGAAACAUGCCAAGGCCAUGGCAGCCACCGUUGCUCUGCAGGCUCUGGGGGAGGUUCCCGUUGAUGGACCGGGCCUCUACACCGGCCCCGUCUUCACUGCUGCUUCCACCGGCCCGCUGUUUUCUACGUAGUCCUCCACACACAAGAGUUCAACUGCUCGGAACUAUGUUCUCUCUUCAGCUGUGGGACGCCGACACAAAGAGUUUUCUUUGGAGUCCAACUAAAAACCUGUCUGUCGUCUCCACUCUCGUGACUUAUUUAUACAGUGAGAACCAGGAAGAGCCGUCUGGUUUCCUUUUUAAAAGUCACCAUGUUCACGACAGGGUGGGUUUUUUUAGGAUUGGGAAAGAGUCUCCAUCAUUUCACAUGUGGAUGGGCUUGUAUGUAUGUAAGUAUGUAUGUAUGAUAUAGUAGCAUAUCAGCCGGAUAUAUAUUAGCUGACCACUACUUAAGUCUAGUCCUCUGCAACGGAUGUGUUUCUGUAAAUGACUUGUCUUGUUGGUUAACUUCCCUCUCGGUCCUGAUAUUACACGUGUGGCCUGGCCGUAACGUUUUAUGGAACUAGAAAUGUGCAAACAGAAUAAAGAUUAGAUUUAUGUUACGCAGUGGAGGAAGCCACUGCCUGUGUUGGUUUUCUAAGACUGUGACCUCCAGGUUGUGGCUGCUGCUUUUACCCAGUGAAGAGACUCAUUCUGUGGAAAUGUUCCAUGAAAAACCAAGUACCCGAACCAACCAGCAGGAGUCCACAAGUGCAAUGACAUCAUCGCUCACCAUCUUCCCAUCAGAAAACACUGCCAGUGUGUGAGACGGCACCGGGGAAGCAACUGCUGCUAAGCACUGGUUGUGUAAAGACAUAAUUUUCCCGGAUCAAUUCCCAAACAUGCGUCAUCUUAUAACGUACAACUUGACAGUGAGGAAGGAAACACAACUGCAAGUUCCAGUCAUUCUGUGGAGAAUUGUGACCCAAACAUGACUACUGACUCUAAAUGUAAACGUGUUUUAUACUCAACCUCUUCAUAAACUUGUAUAUCUUGAGCAAGGUAACAUUUCUAUCCUCUUUAAAGGUCCAGUGCAAAGGCUUUAAGGGGGUUAUAGUAUUUAUAACUAUAUUUUCUUUAGUGUGUAAUCGCCUGAAACCUUAGAACGAGCAAAGGGACCGAGUCAUCUUCCACGGAGGCCGCCAUGUUGCACCGCCAUGUUCCUACGGUAGCCCAGAAUGGACAAACCAAACUCUGGCUCUACAGAGGGCGUUGUACUGUAUCGUGUUGAGGGCUAUUUGCAACCUCAGCACUAGAUGACACUAUGCCUACUCACUAGUCCUUUAAAAUAAGUGAUACAACUCAUUACUUUUCUUAUUGUAAAAUAAAUCGUAUGAGAAAAAAAAGACCCAAGAAACCGAAGCGACUAACAAUUAUUGAGAAUUAAAAUCCCCCAUGGGUCACAUGUUGCUUAACUUCCAAUGAACACACACGUAUGACUGUUGUACAUGAUGGUCUUUGUUUUGUGCAGAUUCUCACACGUCAGCCGCUCAACGCGGAUUUAUGAUUUAUGAUAUUCAUGACUGUCACUGGAUACAUCUGGAGCCCCUUUCAUAUUAUUUUCUUUGAUUGUAAUUCUUUUUACCUGAGAGAACUUUUCAUAUGAAUAAAGACGACCACAGCUA